AAAACAGCAGUUACGAUAAAACUUAACACCCAACUCAAAGUUUUGAGCAAUUUAGAAUUCUGAAAUCAAGUCUUUAAGUCGAAUAGAAAUCAAUUCACUACAUGAAGUCAUCACGCGAUAUUGGUAUUAUUUGUUUCCUUAUGUCCCAGCAUUUUAAACAUUGUUCACUAUUCGCAGUUUGAAUUGGCUUUAAGAAAUAGUGAGGUGGUCAUUCACUGAUGUGUCGCUGCGGGAUAGAGUGAAGGUACUGGGUUCGCAUUUCCUGGUACACUACGACUAUAUGGAUGAGGCGUAAAAGAUCAUACCGCUCAGUUACUCUAAACUUUGUCAGGUAUGUCGGAAACAUUAACCAGUCAUGGUCAAACUGAGGCUUUCUUGAUUCAUUUGCUAUCGUUAAGUAAAAUCAAGAUAAUCAACCGUUGUUUUUUGGAUAAACUUCAUGAGAAAGUUUCUUUGGUCAUUAUGUUUUACUUUACCUCAUUUCCUUUUAAUUCUUCAUAGGAUUGUUGUAUGGUUUUUUGUGGUACUUUCCUCAUUGGCAAGUAAUGCAACUCAAUUUAGUGCUAGUCUACUAGCUGCACUCAUUGUGUGAGGAAUUAUAAUGCUUCCCAUCGGCCCAGCCCAAAGUAGAUGUAUUUGAACCCUGAACGUAUAGCUUAAUAUCUGAGUGUUUAAGCCGUAUCCACUGAACGAAGACUGUGUUUUUUAUAAACGACCUCAUCCAAAUACGCUUAUUUCAUAACUACUUUAUGAUUGGACAUUCAGAAUUUUAGUCCCCUCGAUCUUUGUCAAGUAAUUAUCAUGAAUAGUAUUUCGUAACUUUUAGAUGGAUUUCUUUCGCAUUUCGUUAUCAACAACAUGAAUCCAAGUUUCAUUCGAUCGCCUUACUAACUAAUCUUGUAACCUAUCAGCUAUGUACCGAAGAUUAAUUUCAAGAUGCAGAAACCCCGGGUUUUUCUUACAACAGUGUUUUUGUUCGCGUGUAUCAGAUUCUCCUAAAAAGUUACCAACAUACAAUGAGGUCAACAUACUAAUGAUCCAUCGUGACCUCCAGAGAAUUCUGUUUAAUUGUCAGAAAUAUGAUUAUCAAAAAGCUUCCGCUGAAAUACUGAAAGAAUUUCAUCGUCUGGGAAUUGAUAUCUCGUCUAAUAAAUGUGAUACAGAACCACUUCGUUUCACUCUUCCUGAGCUCAAUGGGAACAAUGUUAAAGACCAUUUAGAUUCAAUCGCCAUGGAGCUUGCUCAGCCGUAUAUGAAGCUGUUGGAGAGUUUCAUUUCUCCACCAGAACUUCCUAAAGUUUGGGAUUUUUCUGCAGGAUGGACAAAGUAUGCAUAUUGGUAAACUUAUUAUUGCUGCAUCAAAGAUACGUCGGUGAUGAAGCAUAUCCUGUAGAUGUACCUCAUGAAGAUGCUCUUAUUUUUGACACUGAAGUUCUUGUCAAUGAAGGCCAUGCUCCGACAAUGGCAGUGGCUCUCACAACAGAAGGAUGGUAUUCAUGGACUUCCAAACGUCUUUCGUGUUAUGAUGACUAUCAUCAAAAUGAUAGUCAUAACUCCUUUAAUUCUCUAAUCCCUAUUUAUGGUUCAAGAAAUAAAAAUAUUUCAAAGUGCAUAAUCGGACAUUUUGUUAGUUAUGAUCGCGCUCGAAUAUCUGAAGAAUAUCUUUUGGAUGGAACAGGAAUUCGUUUUGUGGAUACACUUUCUCUGCAUGUCGCUGUAUCUGGUCUAACAAGUACUCAACGGUUCCUGAAGACAUCCGCGGACAAACAUCUGUUUAACAAUAAGACAUGGCAAGAAUUUAUGGGAAGACGAACUGAUAACCAAACACUGGAUUCAAAAUCAGAUUCAGAAGCUUUUGUUAUGGAUCUCGAAUGGCUUUCAGAAACUAGCUUAAACAGUUUGACCGAUGUUUAUCGGUUAUAUUGUAAAAAGGAACCACCACAGGAUAAACAAUUGAGAUCAGUUUUCGAAUCUGGGUCGAUUGAAGAUGUUCGCUCAAAUAUUCAGAGUUUAUUCAGCUACUGUGCUACGGAUGUUCUGAUGACUUACGAAAUAUUGAAAAUCUUAUGGCCUAUUUUUAAAGAAAGAUUUCCACAUCCAGCUAGCUUCUAUGGAUUAUUAGAGAUGGGUAGUAUGUACUUGCCAAUUAAUGAUAAUUGGAUAAAAUUUCAAAAGACAGCAGAUUGUGCAUAUGAAGAGAAUAUAUUAAGACAGAAAAAGUUAUUAAUGCAAUUAGCUGAUCAAGCUUUAGCUAAAUAUUCAGGUGACUGUAGUGAAGAGUAUAAAAAUGACCCGUGGUUAUGGGAUCUAGAUUGGUCUAGACCGAAGAUUAAAUGUAAAACUGAAGUUGAUAAGAAGUUGUCUACUCUCCCUAAGUGGUAUCGAGAGCUUAUUCCUAAACCAGUGAAAGAGAAUUUAGAUGCUGGACCAGCCUUAUUGACUGCUCAAAUGCGUAUAGCGUCGAAACUUUUAAGACUUUGUUGGGAAGGUCUACCUUUACAUUAUGACCUGGUACUUAAGUGGGGUGUUCUAGUACCUGGACGUGUUCCCCAACCCUAUGGUGAUCCAAGAUAUUACGAUGAUUCACCCACUGAAAUAACCAAUCCUGAAUGCGAGAAGUCGGAUGAACAGAGUUCUUACAGUUCCGAAUUAUGCCAGCAUAGUGCAUCGAUCCGUUCAAUUAUUCCUGUCGUUAAAACAACUGCAGCUGGAGAUGAAACACUUGAUUUUCCUUACGGAGCCUAUUUAAACUACUGGCUAUCUGAUGUGAAACGUCGCCUUCUAGCAGAUUUUCAAGUAGACAAAUCGAAUUCAACCGAUUCAAUAUCAGACGAUCUAGCCACUGCUUAUUGUCAUCGUGUUAAACCUGAUAUUCGUGAUGCUAAUCUAUUGGAUGAAUUUAAACGUAGCAUUGAAAUUAUGCCAUUGGAAAGAAAGGAACGUGUACGACUAGCGUCAACAAUCUGUGCUGUCCGUAAAUUAGGUGAAAAGCAAAUAAUGCAAUCUAAACGGCCAAAUAAUAAUAACAAUCAGAAUGGUAAUGAAUUGGUUUAUGAGAAAUUAGGGGAACUACAGGCUCAGGGUUCAGCUUUUUGGUUAAACUCCAACCGCUUCGAUCAGCAAUCUUCAAACUAUCCUCAAAAGUAUAGACGUCGUAGUGCUGUCCGACAUGCAGUAGAUACUGUUAAUCCUGUUAUACCUACUUGUUGGUUUAAACAUCUUCCUCAUGAGUCGGGUACUGGACUUCCAGUUGGUUCACCACUUUCUCGUGCAUUUCAAGGUCAUAUUGCAUCUCAUCGAUUGCAUAGCGCAGAUUUCAAUAGAGACAUUGUCAACAAUGAUCCAUCUAUGAAUACUCAAGUAAAAUCAAGAAAAGAAAUUGGAUUAGCUGACCAAUUACUACACGAUCGUGUACAUGCUACAUUCUGGCAAAGUUAUUCUAAACGUGUCAAAUCUCAAAUGGAUAUCUGGUUACCACAUGAUCAGUUACCGAAAAUUGUUUUGAAUGAUGAGUCUUAUCAUUCCGAGGGUAAGUAUGGAGCUAUUCUACCUCAAGUUAUUACUUCGGGUACAGUGUCUAGGAGAGCUGUUGAACCACUGUGGUUAACAGCUAGUAAUGCAGAUGAGAAUCGAUUAGGAAGUGAAAUUAAAGCGAUGGUUCAAUCUCCUCCCGGUUAUGUGUUUGUUGGUGCUGAUGUUGAUUCACAAGAGAUGUGGAUUGCUGCUUUGAUUGGUGAUGCAAGUGUUGGUUUUCAAGGUUCAACUCCAUAUGGUUGGAUGACUCUUCAGGGUAAUAAAGUCGAUGGAACUGAUCUACAUACUAAAAUAGCUAAAGAAAUGGGUAUUAAACGAAGUGAAUCAAAAGUGCUUAAUUAUUCUAGAUUAUACGGUUCUGGGGUUGAAUUUGCCACUCAUUUAUUAGCAAAAUUUUGUAAUGUUACUCCAGAACAGGCAAGUUUAAAAGCAAAACAACUUUUUCGAAUUACUAAAGGACAACGUACUACUAUAGAUUCUUAUCUUGAUAAUAAUUCAUCUUCUAUAUGGCAAGGUGGUAGUGAAUCGGCUGUAUUCAAUCAAUUGGAAUCAAUUGCUCGUAGUUCUAAUCCUUGUACACCAUUUUUAAAUGCUCAACUUACUCGUGCAUUGAAUCCAAAACUUGUCAAAAAUGAUUUUCUGCCUAGUCGUGUAAAUUGGGUUGUACAAAGUUCUGCUGUUGAUUAUUUACACUGUAUGCUUGUUUUAAUGCGUUGGCUGAUUAACAAGUUCAAAAUUCCCGCACGUUUAUGCAUAAGUAUACACGAUGAAUUACGAUAUAUCUGUCCAAAACCGUGUAUUGAUCAAGUUGCACUUGCAUUACAAAUUAGUAAUCUAUUGACGAGAGCAUUUUUUGUUUAUCAAUUGGGUAUGCGUGAUCUGCCAGAAUCGGUCGCAUUUUUUAGCUCAGUGGAAGUUGAUACAUGCAUCCGUAAAGAAGCUAAAGAUGACUGCAUUUCUCCAUCAAACCCUGAUGGUAUUCAAACUGCCUAUGGAAUACCGCCAGGUCAAUCGUUAACAAUGCAAGAAAUUCUCAGUCGGACUGGAGGAUCUAUGAACUUGAAAUCGAGCUGAACAUUUAGAACUUUCAGAUUACUUUUAUGCAUUUGUGAAUAGAAAUUAUUCAAACUGAUACGUUUAUAAAUAUAUUCUUUUACAUUUUCUAA